GUACCCACACUGUAGCACCGGUGCCAUACCUUUACAUAAUCCAUCCUCUCUAAGCCUCACUACACACACUCUGUAGUUUCUGUGCAUGGUGCAGAGGACUGUAACCGUAUAUCUGUCACUUGAAGUCACUACAUACUGGAGGUUACAGGAGGAGGGCGGAGUAAAGAGUCUAUGCCAGGAUAGGCCUCUUUGCCAGCAGCCAGCAGAGGGAGACUGGCCAGCUGGUGUCAGUGGGUCAGAGUUAUUUCCCUCACAGCUACAGACCGCACAUUAGCGAGAGAGCUCAUCUGCACAGGAAACGUCUGACUGCAUGGAGGGGAAAAAAGACACCGCCUGCUCACCAGUCACAGUACAGUAUGUGUGCGACAUAGAAGACCCACUCAUGUAGGCGACACACAACUGAUAAGCCUGAUAAGCUCCAUUCCUUACUGGAGGUUUUCCUUCUAAACCAGCAUUCUCUUAAGGAAAGGGUGGAUUAUUUCUGAGUGACAGGCAUAUGUCGGUGAACUGAUAAGGCAGAAUGUCACGACGAGACCAGAGAUUUCGGAGAGGAAUGAAAGGAAGGUGCUGUGAAUGUGGCUGUAUCCUGUCUCACUGGUACUAUGAGAGAGACGGACAGCUCUUCUGUAAGAAGCACUACUGGGCUCGUUACGGGGAGCACUGCCACGGCUGCAAGGAGGCUAUCACAACAGGACUCAUCAUGGUCGCUGGAGAGCAGAAGUUCCACCCUGAAUGCUUCACUUGCAUGAGUUGUGGAAUGUUUAUUGGAGAUGGAGAUACCUUCACCCUAGUUGAACGCUCCAAACUCUAUUGUGGCCACUGUUUCUGUCAGGGUGUAGUAUCAGCCGUAAAACCAACUUCACCGCUGACCAAGAGUUCUCAUAUGGUGGCGCUGGUGUCCCUCCCUCCCAGUGCAAAUGGCAGACGGGGAGUGUCUGUAACCACAGACCUCAGCAAAGAAAAAGGCUCUUUGGUCACAGUGACAGAACUAGACUCAGCCCUCCUCAGUCAUGACCUUCUGUCCUCCAUCCACACUGGUGACCGAGUGCUGGAAGUCAACGGCAUCCCAGUCCGCAACAUCUCCCUGGAUGAGAUAAAUCGCGUGAUUCAGGACACAAGCAGACCCCUGCAGUUGACAAUUGAACACAACCCCUCCACUCCUGAUGCCCAGCUCCGCUCUGAUGGCUCUCAGGACACCAUCCACUGUCCCGACACAUGUGUUCGUGUCAACCUUGCGUCAACUGGCAAACUCCCAAGCCUGGAGGAAGAGCCGAGUCCAGAGGAGACAGAUGAACCAAUCAGGAUGAGCCUCUCCCCGCCUCAGCACCAGGGAACCAUGGGAAUGCGUUCUCGACACAUCCUACGUAGUUGCAGUAUAGACAAGUGUCCCAUUUCCCCUAGAGCACUGCCACUUUUAUCCCAACGAAGGGAUAUGGUUCGUUCAGAGUCUCUACGUGUGGAUCCUGGAGAUCGAACCCACCGGAUCUUCAGACCUUCUGACCUCAUCCAUGGAGAAGUGCUCGGCAAGGGCUGCUUUGGACAGGCCGUCAAGGUUACGCAUCAAGAGACUGGGGAGGUGAUGGUGAUGAAGGAGCUUAUACGUUUUGAUGAAGAGACACAAAAGACCUUCUUAAAAGAGGUAAAGGUGAUGCGUUGUCUGGAUCAUCCCAACGUUCUCAAGUUCAUUGGACUCUUUUAUAAAGACAAACGACUAAACUUCAUCUCUGAAUAUGUCCAAGGGGGAACUCUCAGAGAAACCAUUAAGAAAAUGGAUGCUGAUUUUCCCUGGAGUGUGAGAGUGAGUUUUGCGAAAGACAUAGCAGCUGGAAUGGCAUAUCUACACUCCAUGAAUGUUAUCCACCGAGAUCUCAACUCACACAACUGCCUGGUCAGAGAGAACCAGAGUGUGGUGGUGGCAGACUUCGGGCUGGCCCGGCUGGUGAUGGAAGAGAGGAGCCAGAGCCGCACAGCCUCUCUGGAGCGACCUGCCGCAGCGAGGCUGUCAGAGCUCCGCAGGCUUGACCGGAGGAAGAGGUACACUGUGGUGGGAAACCCCUACUGGAUGGCCCCUGAGAUGAUCCAUGGGAAGAGCUAUGAUGAACGAGUGGACAUCUUCUCCUUUGGGAUCAUGAUGUGUGAGAUAAUAGGCAGAGUGAGUGCAGAUCCUGAUUACCUUCCUCGGACCCAAGACUUUGGACUAAAUGUAGCUGGUUUCCUGGAGCAGUACCACCCUCCAGAGUGCCCCUCCGCCUUCUUGCCACUGGCCGCACUCUGCUGUGACCUGGAGGCCGAUAAACGUGCUCCCUUUGCAAAACUAGAGGAGUGGCUGGAAAACCUGCUAAUGCACCUGGACAUCGGCUUGCCUCUGCUCUCCGAGCUAGAGCAGCACCGCAGGGCCUUUUGGCAAAACCACAACUACCCCCACCACUCUCACAACCAGGACAAGAACCUUUCUCCUGACCAUACCCUCUCUCCACAGCCGCAAAACGACAACCUUGACCCCGAGCAUUAUUCAGACACCACUGAAAACAACCACUUAGACCCUCACAUGGUCGACCAAGAGCAGAACAGCCCUCCCGGCAGCCAUUCAGAUAGCCAGCAGCACAAGCAUGACAAAGAAGACAUGACAACUGAGCAUAAGGACCAUUCACAGGUCGACAGUCAACACAGAUCCAUGAGCAGAGACUCAAACAGAGACAGCACUGAAAGCCAUGAACACAACAACCACUCAGAGCAACCAAGAGCCCAGCAUGAACCCUCCCAACAGCCACAGGUGCAGAGCCCGCCUCCAGGCCGGCCUCACAGGCCCAGACGAGUAUGCAGGGUGGUGUGGGACAGAAAUGCAGGGGAAAGCUCUUUUCUAUGACUGAUAAAACUAAGAGCAAAAAGGGGAUGUAUCUGCCACAUCUUUUUAAAAGCACAACACUGCAUCAGUGGGAUCAUUCUGCAAAAUGAUUCAAGGGGGUCUUAAAGUCACAAUGAAAUGAAAAAUCAAUUUGUAUCCAUUUUAACUAACUUACAACAGAAGCCAAAGAAAUUACAACUUUUUUUUUUUUUUUUUUAUCGUAUUUGCAUAUCAAAACCCUCAAAAACAGCACAUUUUAAUGACUGCAUACCUGUAGGCAUAAUUGAAGAUUCCACCAAAUAAAACCAUCUAGGGUUUUGAAUAAUACUGCCCAUCUGCUCUGCCCCUUAAAUAACAGUUUUUUUUUUCUUUUAGCAAUUUUGAGCAAUCCCUCCCUGCAUGUAUGAUCCCAAUAUCCUUGUAGGAAAUUAGGACGCAAGAUGCUCUAGAGUUGCCAUUUCAAUGUGACUUUAAACUUGAGUUAGACCUGCACCAUCCCCAAGCCCCACCCUUUCAAACAACUGUGAAAGAGAAAGAGAAAUAAAACUAAGUAUCACUGCAUGUAGAACCCUAGGGGCGAGGGAACAAGUAGAGACAUAGAUGAUCAAUAAUUAAUCAAUGAAGGUUCAUGAGCGUGUUGCAGACUGCAAACAGAGGUAUUUCUAUGUAUUUUCUUUCAGUUCACAUCACCAGUUUAGUCCCAUACUACUCUGCCAACUAGCAUGUAGGAUUCAUCCUUCUCCAAAAGCUGUGAAACACCCGGCACUUUAUGCUUUAAGCUACAUUGCAUGGAUCAAUUAUUUAUCAGAAUGCCUUAUGUAUUUUGUGUUAAAAUAUUUUACUUUAUGUCCAAUACAGUGAACUAUGAAUGUUUGAAGUUAGACUAUUAAAAGACUCAGUGGAUAAAUAAAAACGCA